AUUAAAUUUAGACAAAAGAGACUACUACAUUGUUUCAGUACACGUUCCAGUACUAAAUAACUUCCCAUCAAUAGUUAAACUGAUUAAGUUUCAUUCAAACAAUUAUUACAUAAUUGCAAAAUUCAAAAAAUGAAUCAUCAUUUCAUGGCAGCGACAUUAUUCAUCCUAUUUAUUGUUAAUUUCUGUUGGUUUAUACCGGUGAAAAGUCAAUUUUCACCUACUUUUCAAAUGUCAGAUUCAGAGGAUGAAUACCCUGAGACGACUGGACGAUAUUCUCCCUCAAUGCACAGAGGUCAUCCAACCUAUUUCAAUUAUAAAGAUAGAUUUCGUUGGAGUAAACGGGUGCCACCUUACAUAACUGGUGGAAUUCGGUAUCGAUAAAUGAUAGAACAAGAUUUCAAUAAAAUUCACAUGUGUGUGUCUGUCUGUGUGUGUGUGUGAUGUGUUCAUGUUGCAAAAUAACUAUUGUUCAUUGGUUUACAUUUUUCUUUUCAAAGUAAAGCAUGUAUUGUAUCAUAUUUGAAUGUAAAACAAAAUUGAUCAAUGUGGAUUUUAAACAAUUUUAUGAAAUAAAAAAGGCAUAAAUACAUACCCAAAUAUGUUUUAUCAUUGAA